UUUCUUCCCCGCCCUGGUGAGGUACGGGAACCCGGAAGGGCCGGGCUCACAGCCCCGCCUCGGACGCGACUAAGGACUGGAGGGUUGGGGUGGUAGCUCGCAGAUGGACCUGGUAGUCGGCCAGCGAGCAGCAUGGAGGCGCCCUGGGGGAUCGUCAACGCUGAGCGGACCUGGUACGUCUCUGCCCAGCAGCCCGAAGAGACGGAGGCGGAAGAGUUGAGCCCGUUGCUAAGCAACGAACUUUACAGACAGGGUUCCCCAGGUGUUUCAUUUGGUUUUUCUGUGUUUAAUUUGACGAAUGCCAUCAUGGGAAGUGGCAUCCUUGGCUUAGCUUAUGUUAUGGCUCAUACUGGCGUCCUUGGAUUUAGUUUCUUGCUGUUGAUAGUUGCUCUCCUGGCUUCUUACUCGGUUCACCUCCUGCUUAGUAUGUGCAUUCAGACAGCUGUGACAUCUUAUGAAGAUCUUGGACUCUUUGCAUUUGGAUUACCUGGAAAGGUGGCGGUAGCAGGCACCAUCCUAAUUCAGAAUAUUGGAGCUAUGUCGUCUUAUCUCUUAAUUAUUAAAACAGAGCUUCCUGCUGCUGUUUCAGAAUUUUUGUCUGGAGACCAUACUGGGUCUUGGUAUCUUGAUGGACAAACGCUACUAAUAAUCAUUUGUGUUGGCAUUGUGUUCCCUCUUGCACUUCUUCCUAAAAUAGGCUUUCUUGGCUACACAAGUAGUUUAUCAUUUUUCUUUAUGGUGUUCUUUGCUCUAGUGGUAGUAAUUAAAAAAUGGUCCAUUCCUUGUCCUCUGCCAUUAAAUUAUGUAGAGCAAUACUUCCAGAUUUCAAAUGCUACAGAUGAUUGUAAACCAAAGCUCUUUCAUUUCUCCAAAGAGAGUGUUUAUGCCAUACCUACCAUGGCUUUUUCAUUUCUCUGCCAUACCUCAAUAUUGCCAAUAUACUGUGAACUUCAAAGCCCUUCCAAGAAAAGAAUGCAAAAUGCAACCCAUACAGCAAUUGCUUUAAGUUUUCUCAUUUAUUUUAUAUCUGCACUCUUCGGGUACCUCACUUUUUAUGACAAAGUGGCGUCAGAAUUGCUGGAAGGUUAUAGCACAUACUUGCCCCAUGAUGUUGUUGUCAUGACUGUGAAGUUAUGCAUACUGUUUGCUGUGCUUUUGACAGUCCCUCUAAUCCACUUCCCUGCAAGGAAAGCUUUAAUGAUGAUGUUUUUCUCCAACUUUCCAUUCUCAUGGACUCGCCAUUCUUUGAUCACUCUAGCACUCAAUAUUAUCAUUGUUUUACUUGCAUUAUAUGUCCCUGACAUUAAGAAUGUAUUUGGUAUAGUUGGUUCCAGUACAUCAACAUGUUUGAUUUUUGUAUUCCCAGGAUUAUUUUAUCUUAAACUUAGCAGAGAGGAUUUUCUCUCAUGGAAAAAGCUUGGGGCUUUUGUUUUGCUCAUCUUUGGAAUUUUGGUUGGGAAUUUUAGUUUAGCACUAAUCAUUUUUAAUUGGAUUAAUAAAUGAAAGAAAUAUUUUCCUCCUUCUUAUGAAGAAUAAUUUACCUCUGUGUGCAAAAAAGGAAUAAUUCUGGAAGGGAUAAUUCUGGAUUUACCUUGGGUAAAUCCUUUUUAUACAGAUAAAGAUGUUCAGUGAGACAAGACGAACUAGAGCCCUGCAGCCCACCACUAGAGACUUUUCUUCCAUGUUGUUAUUAAUCUCUCUUUUGGGUAAAGUUAUCGUCCUGUAGUGUCAUCUAACCUGCAUUUCUUCAGUCCUUCUGGAAGUGUCUCCCAAGUCAGUAGGUUCCAGCCCAGCAGAAACCAUAGCACCUGAGGAUUUGGAGCUGACCCUCUUCCUUUGGAACUUGUGCCCUCCAAAAAUGUCUCCUAGGCUGCCUGUCCCUGCAUGACCAACUUUGUCACCAGCUGCUGCUUCAGGACUCUGAAGAGUCCUACCUUAUGGAUGCAAAUCAAAACAGCUCAGAAUCAAGCCUGGGAAUCGAGUCAGAAUGGAUUGCUUUGCAUGGAGGAGCUCUGUCACUGAGUGAAGCCAGCCAAAUUCCCCAGGCUCCCCAACCCUCCGGAAAUAAGCUUUACAGGGCCUGGAGGCCUGGGCCCAACAGGGUGGGCGUGAUUUGAAUAUUCACUGCCACAGCUGCCUCGGCCCAGCGGCCCAGCGCUGGUCACUGCCAUAGGUCUCGCUUCAUUUUACUGCCUCAGAAUCCCCCUGUGCAUGUUAGUGGUUAAUACAGCAGCCAGGAGACGCCAGACAGCUCUCGGCACCUGGUUCAAAUUUAAGGCUCAUUUACACAUGAUGUCACACACGCAUUG